AUGGCAAGUGGGACACUCAGCUGCCUGCCAUACCCCGCGGAGGACAGAUGUCCCAAAAAGCUGAGUGGCCAUGCAGUCAAGGAGGCCUCCACCACCAACGGCUGCGCGAAAGGCAAGGAGAGACGAGACCAUGCUCGCCAUAGGUCACGCAGACCCUCGUGUGAUGGGGAGCGUGUGCCGCUGCCGGCCCGGGGGAAGAAGAAGAAGAAGAAAUCCAGCCGCAAGAAGCGAAGAAGGUCUCCCUCCUACAGCCCCUCGCCUGUGAAGAAGAAGAAGAAGAAGAAAAGCUCCAAGAAGCGAAAAAGAAACAGGUUAUCUUCAAAGAAGAGAAGACACAGCUCUCGUGGGCGCACCCGGAAAUCUCAUCACCAUCGCCACCGCCACUCUCGCUCAGAGAGCUCCGACUCCCACUCCCCCAGCUGCCGAAGCAGGCACAGAGCCAGGUCUCGGGAGGAAGGGCGUAAAACACGGCGAAGACACUCCCGGCAUCGCUCAAAGGUCAUGGCAAAGCGAAGCUCCUCUGCAGAGGUUCAGGCCAGCCAAAAAGCCAGCCAAAUCCUCCCACUGUACAGCUUCCUGUCUCCUAAGGAAGUAAUCUCUCAGUCAGGGUCUUCUGCUGACCUCUUUACCAAAACAGACAGCCCGCCUGGUAACCUAGCCAGCCAGAAUGGAGAGUAUCAUGAAUAUGACUCAGGAAACGAUACUUCCUCCCCUCCCUCCACUCAAACGAGCUCAUCCAGGUCAAAGGACAGCCAGGAGAAAAGAAGUCUAGUCCAUGAUGGCUUUGGCCAUGCCUUCUCGUCCGGGAAGCCCAAACUGGCCAACAGCGAUAACAGCUCUGAUUCAGGAAAUUCCUUCACCAGUUGCUUUUCCCAGACCAAGGGAACAGCUUUGGAAAAUCUGUCUCCAGAUGCCCAGGGACAAGACCGAAGAGGGUGCCUGUCCUUGUGUCUCACCUGUUCGGAGGAGAAGAAGCGAAACUUCCUCCCGUCCCCAACCCACAGCUCCCCGCUGAGGCCGUGCUCCCGCAGUGAGUCGUACACCAGCACAGGCAGAUCCUCCCCCGGCUCCAGCCGCUCCAGCUCCUCACACCACAAGGCCUCUCCCAGGUACUCCCGAAGCAAGUCCUGCUCUUCAGGAAAGAGGUCAUCUUCACGCUCCCCCAGCUAUUCCUCCAAAUCCUGCAAAAAAAGUCCUGGGAGCAGGAGUUCAAGGUCUCGUCGGAGCCCCAGUUACUCCCGCUACAGCCCUAGCAGAGACCGUGAGCGAGAGCACAAGUACGGCUCCAGUGAGAAGGAGUCACACAGGCAGCGUGACCGCCGGCGGCGGCAACGGUCGUAUUCACCCCUAAGGAAACGCAGGAGAGACUCUCCCAGCCACCUCGAAGCUCGGCGCAUCACGAGUGCCCGCAAACGCCCCAUCCCCUACUACCGUCCCAGUCCCUCCUCCUCCAGCAGCGCCAGCAGCUAUUCCUCCUGGUACAGCAGCUUUAGCCGCUCCCGGAGCAGGAGCUACUCCAGCUACCGGACAAGCCGGAGCCGAAGCUGGAGCAGCAGCAGCGCCGAGGGCAGGAGCCGCAGCCGGAGUUCGGGCCCCAGGAGCAGCCGCAGCAGGAGCAGGAGCUAUGACUCAGGAGGCAGCUCCGACAGCCUGCGUCGCUAG